CCCGCGCCUUUCUAGUCUACAAACAGCUCCAACAGCAGGGCCUCGUCCCAAACCAGCGCACCUUCAUGCCGCUGAUCGACGUCUGCGGGCGGGUGGGCAAACUGGAUCGCGCGCUGAGCUUGCUAGCCGAGAUGAAGAACCGGGGCUUGGCUCCGACCCGGAACAUCUAUACGAGGCUCAUGGAGGCGUGCAGCCAGUCGGGGGUGCCGGAGCAGGCGUUUGGGAUUUUCCGGCAGAUGAUGAAUGACCGCAUCUUGCCGACGGCCGACUCGUUUGCCGCGCUUCUGGGCGCGUGCGCUGUGCGGGCAGACUCGGAGCAGGCGUUCAAGCUGUGGCGGUACAUGUGGGAGAACGGAAUCGAGCCCAAUGACACCUGCUAUGAUCUCCUUAUCAAGGUAUGCAGCCGAGCAGGGAAGAUCGAGGAAGCGCUCGACGUCUUCAAGGAGACCGUCCGGAAGCACAACGCGGUCACUGUCGGGUCCUUUAACAGCCUGAUGCUCGCGCUCUGCUCCUCCGACGGCACCCGCAACGUGGACCGCGCCGUGCGCGUGCUGUCCCUCUGCCGCAGCAUGGGCGUCGAGCCGAACCGCCGCUCGCUGCUCAUUCUCAUCGAAGGUCUCGCGCGGGACGGCCAAGUAGAACCCGCUUACCAGUUCCAUAAGGAGCUGGUGUCGCGAGAAUGGAACUCGGAUCAGAAGCCGUACGGGAAGCUCGUCUCGGCGCUGUGCAUUGCGGGACAGGUCGGACGGGCAGUGCGCGUCGUCGAGUACAUGGAGGACCACGGGGUGCGUCUACCGGUCGCUUCUCUGGGGCAUUUGGUGGCCGGUUGUGCCCGAACCGGGCGCCUCUCCAUGGCGCUCGAGUUGUACGACCAGGUGAAGGCCAAGGCCGUGGCGGAGCUCGCGCGCCUGAAGCAGACGGGCGGAUUCCGGUGGGUGACCAACUACCGGAAUCCGCUGGCCAAGAUCCCGGCACUCGGGUACGAGGCGCUCAUCGAGGGCUGCUGCGGGGCGGGGCUGGUCGCACGUGCCGUGGAGGUGAUUGGCGACAUCCAGGACGUGGGCGUCGUCGUGAAUAAGGCCACGCUGGCGUACCUGGUCAACGUGGCGAGCAGUUAUCCCGAGGAGCCGUACAUGUACGCAGUCCACGCCCAACUGCGGAAGCAGCUCCAGCACCACAAGGCCCUCUACGUGGACCAAUCCAGCACGCUCGCCGCCAUGUACAAGCAGGCCCACGUGGACCUCCAAGAUGCUGAGACGUGGCAAGAUUCGGACGGUGCUCCAGCCACUGGGACCACGGACGGGGUUGCGGGCGGUCCGGAACUGCCGACCGGGUAUGAGAUGAGUGCUGACGACGAGUGGGGGUACGAUCCAGAAGCGUCGAACGGGUAUCGGGUUAGUAUCGGCGGGGAGGGAGAGAUGGGCGAUCUGAAAGCUAGGCAGCAAAGUCUGAAAGCAAAGCUGAGGAGUCGACACACUGGCGAACUUCGAGGGGUGCCCGCAGACGCGGCAGCCGAUGCGGGCGCGGAAUCGGAAGAUGAAGGGGGCAGCCAGGCGUCCAGGCAUGAGCCUUGA